UCCAAAUUGUUGUAAAUUAAUGGCCGCACCGCUUUGUGUAGCAAUAGCGGAAGUAACUUAUAUUAACCGAAAUGUUGUAUCUUGAAGAUUAUUUAGAACUUGGGAUUCACACUCCAAGGUGCUUUUUCUGGUCGCAAAAAACACAGCCUGAGAUUGGAUGAAGUGAAAGAAAAUGAAGACUUUGGCAGCAUGCUGCAUAAUUGAUUGCCACAUAAAUCAAAUCAACAGCAACAUCAUUUUAGGCAUAGGUUCUUGAAUCAAGCAGUUAUCAUUGAGCAAGUGUCAUUCAAAGUUGUUAAAAUUAAUUGAGAAUCUGCCUAUGGAAAUGAGAGAAAAACUAACAGAAAUGAGAGAGAUGGAUUUACAAGUUUCAAAUACCUUAGAUACACUGGAAGAGAGCGUGAAAACAUUUUUCAAGAAAUGUCAGCAACCUAAUAGCAAGAAGGAAUGGAGAGAAGAGCAAUUUAAAAAGAUUAAAGAGGAAUAUUACAAGGCAUUAGAAGAUACAGAUGAAAAAGUCCAGUUGGCAAAUCAUAUUUAUGAGCUGGUGGAUAGACAUUCCAGAAGACUCGACCAAGAACUUUCCAAAUUCAAAAUGGAAUUAGAAGCUGAUAAUGCUGGAAUCACAGAAGUUUUAGAAAAAAGAUCAUUAGAACUGGAUAAGCCCCCACCUAAUUUCACAAAUCACAAAUCAGAAAAGAGGCGUUUAACCCAUUCCCAGUCAUCAGCUCCAAAUCCAACAGAUAAGAGACCAGUCACUGAUGUUUUGUCAUCCCUCGCCAAUGAAGUUGUUAGAGAAUCUUUAGGCCCAAAACGGCCCAACUCUACCUCCAGUUCACCUGCCAUGAAAAUGUUUGGCUCUGGCUCCAGUUCAGGAUUGUCCUAUACAUUAGGAAACCUUGGUGCUGGUAACCCUGCAAUAGCAGCAGCAGCAUCACAAGCCAUUGCAGCCACACAGCAGUUGGCUCAAGGUCGACGAACUUCAAGUAUGAAAGCUAGUUACGAUUUAAUGUCAAAAAAUCCAGCAGCAUUGUCAAAAGACAUCAGCUUAAAUGUUUCCCAGCCUGCCUCAGCACCUUCCACGCCAGAACCUGCCCCUAGAUCACAGCGCACAAAAAAACAAACAUCUAAAGCAGCAGCAUUGGCUGCACAACAGCAACAACAACACACAACAACAGCUGCAGCAGUGUCUGGCACAUCCAGACCAGCAACUCCUCAAGUAGCAAGUGUGGACACAGAAGAUCCAUCAGCUGAUGUGCAAGUGGAUGAGUGGAGUGCUGAUCCGAAUGAACCGCGAUACUGCCUGUGUAACCAGGUCUCAUACGGAGAAAUGGUCGGCUGUGAUAACAAUGAUUGUCCUAUAGAGUGGUUUCAUUAUGGCUGUGUGGGACUGUCACAAGCACCAAAAGGAAAAUGGUAUUGCCCUCAGUGCACAGCAGCCAUGAAGAGAAGAGGCAGGCGAUGACGUGUGUUUGAGAUGAUGUUAUGUAAGUGAAUAUGUGAGGCAGAUGACGUGUGUUUGAGAUGAUGUUAUGUAAAUGUAAGUGAAUAUGUGAGACAGGUGACGUGUGUUUGAGAUGAUAUGUAAAUGUAAGUGAAUAUGUGAGACAGGUGACGUGUGUUUGAGAUGAUGUUAUGUAAAUGUAAGUGAAUAUGUGAGGCAGAUGACGUGUGUUUGAGAUGAUAUGUAAAUGUAAGUGAAUAUGUGAGGCAGAUGACUUGUGUUUGAGAUGAUAUGUAAAUGUAAGUGAAUGUAAGUGAAUAUGUGAGGCAGAUGACGUGUGUUUGAGAUGAUGGCAUUUAAGUGAAUGUGUGAAUUAAUAUGUAUUUCUGAAUGGGUUUUAAUAUGGAUGCAUUGUAUAUGUAAAAAUAGUCAUAUUGUUUGGUGGACUGUGAAAUUUGCUUGAUUAAAUCGUUUUAUAUUUGAA